AUGGAUACUCAAGCAAUUCAACCUGAACUAUCUAUUGAGGAUAAAAUUAGAGCUCAAGUCGAAUAUUAUUUGUCACGUGAGAAUUUGGCAAACGAUGCAUACCUAAGUCGUCAAAUGAACAGAGAGAUGUACGUCCCUGUCUCUGUCAUCGCUAGUUUCCCAAAAAUUAAAAAUUUAACAACUGAUAUCGAAUUGAUUGUCAAAUCCAUCUCUAAAAGCAGCUCGGUAAUUUUAGAUGAGACACAGAAACUUGUAAAACCAUCUUUCAAACUUCAGAGAAACAUUGUUAUCUUGAGAGACAUUGCACAAGCCACACCAGUAGAGGAGAUCAAGGCUAUAUUCACAACAACAGCAGAUGCAAUAAUCAAUGUCAAGAACGAUAUCGUCAAUACAUGGUUCAUCACAUUCGACACUGAGGAGAACGCAUCGAAAGCAUACGACUUCCUUCAAAACGCCACCUAUAAAGAUAAACCAAUCAAGGUCAGAAUCAAGUCUGAGCCACUCCUCAGAAACAACUAUAAAACCAAAUCGGAAUCCAACACCACCACCAACACUACACAUACCAACGGAACCACCAACGGUAACUCUAGCAGCGGCAGUAGCAGUAGAUAUUAUACAGUUGCCGGAAGUGGACACACCAACAACAAGUGGCAGAGAACCGUCGGUGGAUACCCAUACGGAGGUUGGGAUCAGUCGGGUGACGCGCGACCACCAUACGAUCCAAGCAAACCAAACACUGAAUCACACAGAAAGCCAUACCGAGGAAAUAAGGAUUCCACAGGACGUCCACCCAGACGCGAACACUACAAUAAUACACAACCAACUACCACCACUCCAUCCACCACCACCACCACCUCCACUUCACCGUCGAAUAAUUUAAAUAGUAAUAGCAAUAGUAAUAAUAGUUUAAAUAAUAAUAGCAAUGAACAAUCAAAUAGUAUAACAAACAACACAUCAACAACAACACAACCAAAUAAUUUUUCAGGAGAGCGUUACCAGAGAAGACCUCAUCACAAUAAAUCUCACAUGAAUGGAAAACCAACAACAACAACCACCACCUCAACCACCAGCACUACAACCGCCAGCUCGGCACCAUCGACUAACGGUAGCGUCGUUCCAGUCAACGCCGCUCAAACCUCACCAAGCACAACCAACACCACCAGCGAAUCAACGAACAACAUUUCCUCGAGAAAGCCUCGUGAAUCAAAACCAAGACACAGCGGCAAGAGCGCCAACGGUGCCAACAAAUCAGCGGGUGCUCCCUCCACUACCAAGUCCUCUGACGAGAAGGAAAAGGAGAAGCCAAAGCUUACACCACCAGGUCCACAACACUUCCCACCCCUUGUCAAGGGAGAAACCGUUGAGGGACAAGCCGAAAUGAAAAAGAGAGAAUGGGGACCAGCUUCCACCUCCUCUCCAGUUGUCGCUGCUGCCUCUUUGCCAGCCCCAACCCCAGUCGUUGCCGUCGCACCAUCUUCACCAGUUGCUUCAUCUGUCGCUGCUACUUCCACCACCUCAAAUUCAUCGUCUGCAACCUCACCCGCUCAACAAUCUGGUAAAUCCUCUAAGAAGUCCAACGGUCAAUCACCACAAACCCCAACAAAGAAGUCACGUGACUCAAAAGACAAGGAAGGAAAAUCGAAAUCCGAUAAGCCAAAGAAGAACAAUACUACUACCAAUACAUCGACAACCUCCACCACCACCACUACCACUACUACCACCACUACCUCCACCUCACCAAAGACUGAAUCCGCUCCAUCAACAAACGGUGGAUCCAAACAACCAACCUAUGCUGAUAUUAUUCAAGGAUUAGCCAAGCAACCAGUUGCUGCCACUGCCACUGCUCCAGCCCCAACUACUGCCGCUGCUACUGCUGCGCCAGUUACUGCUCCAGUCGUUGACACUCCAGCUGUCACUACUACUUCAUCUCAAUAA